AUGCGACCACCCACAAUGCGCACCACCGCCCUCCAAGCCUACCGAAAAGGCGUCCAAUCCCUCACCCGCCCAUCAACCACCUCCCGCCUCCUCCCCCCAUCAACCACCACCCGACAAGCCUCCUCAACCACCACCCCCCCAAGACCAAACCCCUACAUCCGCAAACCCAUCUCCAAACCCCUCACCUCCAAAACCCUCCCACAAACACCCUCCCCCGCUCCCACCGCCGAAGAAGAACCCCUCAUUCCCGAAGCCCCCCAAACCCACGACCUCGACCCCUCCUUCAACCCCCCUAUCCACAACCCCUCCGCAUCCCCCCCCUCCCAAACCUUCACCACCGCCAUCUCUUCCCCCUCCCGCCCCUUCCCCCCCUCCGACUCAGGAAUCGACUGGUCCUCCUCCUUCCACGGCCUCAGCACCAUCGCCUUCUCCCCCGAAACCUCCUCCAUCCUCAUGGCCCCCCUCGACCCGAUAGACGUCGAAAUGAAGCCAGACGGGAUAAUCUACCUCCCCGAAAUCAAAUACCGCCGCAUCCUCAACCGAGCCUUCGGUCCCGGCGCCUGGGGCCUCGCGCCCCGCGGCGAACUCGUGGUAGGCGAAAAGGUAGUAACGCGGGAAUACGCCCUCGUCGUGCACGGCCGAUUCGUCGCCCAAGCCCGCGGAGAAUGCCAAUACUUUGGCGAAGACAACAUCCCCACCGCCGGCGAGGGCUGCAAGUCCAACGCCCUCAUGCGCUGCUGCAAAGACCUCGGCAUCGCCUCGGAGCUCUGGGACCCGAGGUUCAUCCGCGAGUUCAAAAAGAAGCACUGCCACGAGAUCUGGGUCGAGCACGUCGUUAACGGAAAAAAAAGAAAAGUCUGGACGAGAAAGGACGGCGAGCCCAUGUAUCCUUACAAGGUCUCCAAGGGGGGUGCAACGACAUCGAGUUCAUCAGCAAGAAGGGAUGAUCUUGGGCCGGUGGUAUAAAACAGACCGAAAGAAGAAUUGUAAGAUAUGGAUGGGUUUGUAAACGAUAGACAGCUGCAUGGCACAUCGAUGUUUUGGUUUGAAGUCGAUGUUCAUAUUAUACCAAUCACGCUAUACACCAUGUAUUCAUGGAGAACAGAGAGACCAAGUCCCGUUUUUUCCUCGCAGCGAAGC